AAGUGGCUCAGACAACAACAACAAUAAUUUCUGACAACAUAAAUUGACACUUUGCCCUAUUUUGGACAAAACCUUAAAACACAGUACUUCACUGUUCCGUGCUCCUUUCUGUCACCAAAUUAAUUCCUUUCUGAAAUUGCGUGUCUGCCCUAUUUUCUGAAGAUGGAACAAGGACAAAACCAAAGCACUCCUCAGAGACCUUCCAUGGAUGAUGCCUUGUAUUUUCUGAAUAGAGUCAAAGAAGUGUUUCGGGACGAAAAGGAGAAGUAUGACAUGUUGAUUCGGAUCCUGAAAGAUUACAAGGAAGAAAGGAUUACCCCUGCUGUUGUGGCUGCGAGGAUGAAGGAGUUACUCAGAGGCCACCACAGUUUGAUUUUGAGAUUCAACAAGUUCUUGCCAAAGGAGCAUGAGAUCAAACUCAAGCACGAACCUCGUCCAGAAUUAGUCCGUUUAGUUGACAACAUAAAGGAACGAUUCAAAAAUGAGGAGGGUUCUUACGAAUCAUUCGUGAUGAGUAUUACAACCUACAAACUAGACCAUCGAAAGACAACUUGUGAUCUUCAUGAUGAGAUUGGUGUCCUUUUAAAGGACCACCAAGAUUUGCUUGCGGAGUUCAGGAGAUUAAUCCCUAAUUAUGAUGCAAUUGACUAUGACGAGAGUGUUCAUGAUGAAAAGCCAAGACCGAAGUGCAAGCAAACUUGUUUAGGUUGUUUUACCGUACUGUUGUUUUGUACAAUAAUGUGGUCACUGAUAUUUGUUUACUUUGUCUGGUCUCAUGAUGAGAUAACAAAGAAAACAAAGAUAUGUUCGUUUUGCUUCCUAGGUUUGGUUCUCAUCACCUUGGUCGCUAACAUGUUCCACAAACCCUAUAACGUUGUUUGCGUGAGAGAGUAUUUAACUAAAAGGGUGAGAGGGAGAAUGCUUUCGAAGAUUCUUGCCAUUGGAGAUGGAUGGUUCUUUCAGAAGGAAACUUUCAAAUGUGAUCUUUGCCAUAGAUCUGCCGAAGAAAGUGUGGUUAAGCCUUUCAAUGGAGAGAAAAUGAGUUUAGUGGUUCAAACAAUUUGUGCAAUGGGAAUAGGUUUCAGUGUGGGUCUUAUGUUUUCAUGGAAAGCAGCCAUUGCAGUGAUAGUUGUUCAACUUGUUAUCAUUGUUUGCUUCUACAAAAGAGAUGUCCUCAAGAACAUGAUGAAGGUCCAUGAUGAUUGAAAACAGUGAGAAUCAUCACAAACAUAUUUGAAAUUUGGCAAUAAAUUGUAGAAACCUUUUCAAUUUUUGUGAGAUUGACUUUUUUCAUGUUUGAAUCCUAUGUUUAGUUAUAUGCUUGCUGAAUGAUGAAUCCUAA